AUGAAAUGUCUCUUAAUAGCCGCGGUACUGCUCGCCGACGCGUUUACCGUUAAACAGGAACCCCUCUGCAAGACCGACACGGACUGUCGAAAAAUCCUGAGCCCGGAAUGUGAUCAGAAGAUCGUCGUGUGCAAGUGUAAAACGACAUGGUGCAGCCUGUAUCGGCCCUGCGACAUUAAAAAAGGCGAAAACAGCAACAUUGACUGCCUGGCCGGGCAGACCUGUGGACUCGAUACUGGCGACAACAACUACAAAUGCGUGGCCGCCGUGGACAAGGGCGUCAAUUGGAUUUUAACCCCGUCGCCCAGGAAGCAAAAUAGAGGGAGGCAGAAU